AUGGCUGGCGUUCCCACCACGUAUGACGCACCCGUCCACAUCGCCGUCAUAGGCGGUACUGGCAUUUCAUCGCUACCGGGCUUCACUCUUGCUGCAACCCUGGACAUUGAUACGCCAUGGGGAAAGCCAUCUUCGCCAAUCUCUAUCCUGCAGCAUCCCUCGCCCACGACUGGCAAGCCCAUUCCUGUAGCCUUUCUCUCACGGCACGGCCUAUACCAUGAGCUAGCCCCUCAUGAGGUCAAGAACCAGGCCAACAUUGCUGCACUGCGACACAUCGGCGUCCGCACCAUUAUUGCUUUUUCUGCUGUCGGCUCGCUGCAGGAACACGUGCGACCGCGUGACUUUCUGGUGCCAGACCAGAUCAUUGACCGCACAAAAGGCAUCCGCCCAUUCACCUUCUUCGAGGGUGGCAUGGUAGGCCACGUAGGCUUUGGCGAUCCUUUCGACAAACGCCUAGCCGCCAUUGUCAGACAGUGCGGACAUGCGCUCGAGGGUGAGGGUGUGACGCUGCACGACAACGGCACCCUCAUCUGCAUGGAGGGGCCACAGUUCAGCACUCGGGCAGAGUCCAACCUCUACAGGUCUUGGGGUGGCAGCGUCAUCAACAUGUCUGCUCUUCCUGAAGCUAAGCUUGCGCGCGAGGCCGAGAUUGGCUACCAAAUGAUCUGCAUGGCCACUGACUAUGAUUGCUGGCGGGGAGAUGGCGAGGAGGAUGUCAAUGUCGAGAUGGUCAUGGCCCACAUGAAGGCGAAUGCAGAGAAUGCAAGACGCUUUGUGGGCGCCGUGCUAAACGAGCUAAGCAAGGAAGAGCACGUCGACCAAGUUCUCGCAAAGCACCUGGAUGGACAGAUGAGGUUUGCGGGCGCCAUGACCAAGAAGGAAGGACGAGGACAGGAAGCGGAGAAGAAGCUGCAAUGGUUGUUCCCAGGCUACUUCGACUAG